AUGGAGAAACUGACAACGUUCGAGAUCUCUUUGUUCCGUCCCUUACAUGUAUACCACGGGGGAGAAACCGUGGAAGGGGAAGUCACCAUUGAGUUAAGCAAGGCUAUAGAAAUUAAAGGCAUCAAGGUCACCUAUAAAGGUGAGGCUACAGUUCACUGGUCAGAGAAAGUGACCACAGGCGAAGAAAGGACACUAAAGGACAGCGAGCAUUCCAACAGCGAAAAGUAUUUUGACGAGCAAGUCAACCUCUUAGCUGACCAGAAGAGCAGCCACGCCUACAAGCUUGAGGCCGGCAGACACACCUACCCCCUGUUCUACCAGCUGCCCGACAGGCUACCCUCCUCCUUCGAAGACCCGUUCGGCAGCGUCAGGUAUAUCGUCUGCUGCGUCAUAGAACGGCCGUGGAAGGAUUCCUUCAAGGCCUGGCACCCCUUCACCGUCAUCAACAAUUUGGAUUUGAACGCGAGACCCAACUGUAUGCAACCCCAGCAGGCGACCAAGUGGAAGCAACUGUGUUGUCUCUGCUGCAAGUCUGGAAGUAUCGAGGCAACUCUGCACGUCGACAGGCAGGGUUACGUCCCUGGCGAGGCCAUAAAGCUACACGCCCACAUUAUAAACGGCUCGAAUAGGAAAAUUAGGAAAUCGACGAUUGAACUGAUCAUGAAAAAAACUUUCCAGACCCGCACCUCGACCAAAACUGAGCACACCCGUGUGGCACACAGCACCCACACCAGCAUAGAGAAACACAGCGAGGACAUUUGGAAAGAUGAGGCUCUGACCAUCCCUCCACUACCCCCAUCCUUCCUUACUGAAUGCUCCAUCAUAGAUGUCAAUUACGUUUUACAGUUGAGCAUUGAACCCUCAGGACUGGCCACAAAACUCACUAUACCCCUAGAGAUUAUCAUCGGCAGUGUUCCACUGACAUACACCAUGCAAGAUAGUACAGACGCGCCUUCAUCAGCCUGUACCAACCAAAUAGCAGAACCUACAGAGGUUGAUCUAGCAUUGCUGGCUGAUGACCAAAGCAGAUCUGUUAAACCUGAUGCACUUCUUUAUCGUGAGAGUACUUAUGGUCCUGUCGCCAUCUGUGAUCUCAGUAACAACCACAACAGAGGGCAAAAGCAAUACAGACCCAUGUAUCCUUAUUAUAGCCUGGACAAAACAGCAAUACAGCCCCAUGUAUCCUUAUUAUAG